GCAUUACGGAUCGAACCGGGAUCCUGGGGAUGGAGCAAGGCGGCGGCGGGGGGCUGCCCGGGCCAAGCCGGCGCCCCGGGGCCCGUCCCGACCUGGAUUUACCCCUCUGGAUCUAACCGGGGGGGAUCCGGAUUCCCACUGGGGAGCGAGCCGAUCCGGAUGGCAAUUGGAUCGAUCUGCUGGAGGAGGCGGCUGUGCUGAAGAGGGCAGAUUCGGAGUCACUCCGGAUUGAUCGGGGGCAGGGGAUCCGCUGGAGGAGAGACCUGGCCCCUUGGAUGUUGUCGAGGCCCCGAUCCGGGUAGCUUGGGGAUCCGCGGGGAGCCCUCGGCGCCGGGCUCUGGAGGCGGCCGAAGCGGGGGGGCAGCGCUCCCGGCCCCCACGCACCCCCCCGAGCCCUGUCCGGCCGGCAUGGGGGGCGGCCCGGCGGAGGGACCCCCCGCUCCCCGCAGGGCCUGAGCGCCGGGGCGGGGGACGCGCCCCACCGAGCGGGGAAGGAUUUGGGGGUCUCGCCUCACGUCGGGGAGCAGCGGAACGGAGAGGCCCCGGGGCCAUGGGCCGUCCCCGCUAGCCCCGGCGGCCGGCGAUGGCAAACGCCAGCGAGGCGGACGAGCCGGGCCCGCCGGGCCCCCCGGCGGCCUCCAACUACGCCAAGCUGCUGCUGCUGGGGUUGAUCAUCUGCGUGAGCUUGGCGGGGAACCUGGCCCUGGCGCUGCUGGUGCUGAAGGAGCGGGGGCUGCACCGGGCCCCCUACUACUUCCUGCUGGACCUGUGCCUGGCCGACGCCGUGCGGGCGGCCGUCUGCUUCCCCUUCGUCCUGGUCUCCAUCCGCCACGGCUCGGCCUGGACCCACAGCCCGCUCAGCUGCAAGGUGGUGGCCUUCCUGGCCGUCCUCUUCUGCUUCCACGCCGCCUUCCUCCUCUUCUGCAUCAGCGUCACCCGGUACAUGGCCGUGGCCCACCACCGCUUCUACGCCAAGCGCAUGACCCUGUGGACGUGCGUGGCCGUCAUCUGCAUGGUGUGGACCCUCUCGGUGGCCAUGGCCUUCCCGCCCGUCUUCGACGUGGGCACCUACAAGUUCAUCCGGGAGGAGGACCAGUGCAUCUUCGAGCACCGCUACUUCAAGGCCAACGACACGCUGGGCUUCAUGCUCAUGUUGGCCGUGCUGGUGGGGGCCACCCACGCCGUCUAUGGCAAGCUGCUCUGCUUCGAGUACCGCCACCGCAAGAUGAAGCCGGUGCAGAUGGUGCCGGCCAUCAGCCAGAACUGGACGUUCCACGGGCCGGGGGCCACCGGCCAGGCGGCCGCCAACUGGAUCGCCGGCUUCGGCCGGGGCCCCAUGCCGCCCACGCUGCUGGGCGUCCGGCAGAACGGCCACGCCGCCAACCGCCGCCUGCUGGGCAUGGAGGAGUUCAAGGCCGAGAAGCGGCUGGGGAAGAUGUUCUACGUCAUCACCGUCCUCUUCCUCCUGCUCUGGUCGCCCUACAUCGUGGCCUGCUACUGGCGGGUCUUCGUCAAGGCCUGCAGCAUCCCCCACCGCUACCUGGCCACCGCCGUCUGGAUGAGCUUCGCCCAGGCCGCCGUCAACCCCAUCGUCUGCUUCCUGCUCAAUAAGGAGCUCAAGAAGGGGCUGGCGGCCCACGUGCCCUGCCGCAGGACAGAGCCCCCCCUGCCCCGGGAGCCGUACUGCGUCAUGUGAGGGGGGGGCGCUGGAUACGUCACGCCGGGGGUGUCCCCGAAGGGUCAGGGCCGGGGGAGAGGGUUCGAGGAGCUGGGUGCGGCAGGGGAGGCCGGGAGGCUGGCCAUCCAGUGUCAAU